CGGGAAUUUGUUUGGUGACGUUUAUAUUGUAGAUUUGAAAUGGAAAUUAUCGUGUUUUAAGAAACUGUUUACAUUAUAUAAAUUAUAAUAUAUAAAUAUAUAGAUAUUAUGUUUUUAGUGCCGUGAAAUUGUGACGGCUGCAGGUGAUGAAAUUUCGUACCCCUCGCCGUGCGGUCUCGUCUAGAACUAAACGACGUUGUCGAGCCAUCAAGGAAUUCUUCCAGAAAGCUAUUGGAUCACCAGCCCAAUCCGAAUGUAAAACAAAUACGAGCGGUGCUGUUAGCGUAGCCGAAAUAAAGAGUAAAAUUGAUAUUAUAGAAGACGAAUUAGCAAAAGUAAACAGACGCUGUCGAGAUCUAGUACAUUUAGAGAACAGCUGUGGAAAAGAAAAUACCCCGGUAGCGAUCAAAUGCAAUGUAGCAAAAUCUACGAAACAUAUAAAAGAACUGGAGACGCAAUUGCUAUAUAAAUCCUCUAAAGGUGACAUCUACUCAAGGACUGAUGAUACUGAAAGUUACACCAAGUCUUUACAAAAAAAUGAUCAAAGUAUGAAUCAAAAUAACAGCAAAAAUUAUUACCGCACAGAAAAAGAUAAAUACAAUAAUUUUAAUAAUACGGGCAAGAAAAUACAAAGUUUACGUAGCCCAAACACAGAAAAAUACGUCGCUCAAGAUCCUUUGAAAAAGCAAUAUAUUAGUUGCAGCUGCCAUCAUAUAGAAGAUAAUUUUAAAAGACCUAGUCAUUCUGAGAAGUUACCUAAAAACAGAAAUUAUAGUACUCCUAUUAAGUGUGACGAUAAGUUGGUAUCUAAGAAAGAGUUACGAAGCAGUGGUAAAAAAAUUGAAGUAUAUCGAAGUCAUAAAAAGAAAUACAAACAAUCUGAACCUGAUGAGGCGUUUAUUUCUGAAAUAAUACGGCGUCAGUAUAAACCCGUUAAAUUAUUUGGAAGACGUGAUUCUGAUUUUAGUCAAUUUACAGCGCCCUUUUGUAGAGACCAAGAAAUUUCUAUUCGUAACGAUGAAGGAAGUGAAUUGUGUUCAUGUUGUUUCGAAGCUGAGAAGAGAGUUAGUCACCGAUAUUGUAAGAAGAACGAUAUGGGUGAUGUGAGAAGCAUUUGCGAUGCACGCCUAUAUAGUUCAAAGAAAAAUCGGCGAUAUACACAGCCCAGGACCUAUCCAAAUAAUUACAAUAAUUCAGAUCAAUAUGAUCUCAUUCCUGUCAAAGAAAAAUCUAGUCCCAAAACGAGGAGAAAGUUUAUAGAAGAAAAUAUGAUGCUUUAUGGGUAUUCUAGAGAAGUACCGCCAUCACCACGGACACAGAGACCUCGCCUCAAUUUAAAGGCCCAAAGUUAUGAACGUUAUGAUGAUGCGACAAUAAAACCAAAAACACGUCGACAUUCUCCGUUGCACCCCCAAAGACGUCAGGACCCUUACGAUGAUGAACUAUUCGAACCACACCAUCGUCGUAGAAAAUCACAAGAAACACAAAGUUUGAGAAAUGUGCCAGAAAAUGAUGAGACACUUGACAAAUUAAAACCCCUAAUUUAUUGCAAUGAGCAAACGCACAAUGAGAACGACACUACGUUAGUUACUCAAGCAUCGGAAAAAACUGAUAAAACUUUAUGUGAAAUAAAAGAUAUACUGCAAAAUUUCUUACAAGAAAUAAAGAAAGAUUGUUCGCAAAACCAAAAUCCAGAGGUUAAUGAAAAUUGUAAAGAUUUUGCGGCUAAACAGGAUAAAGAAAUUAAUGUUAGCCCUAAUAUGGUACCGAAUAGUGGCAGCUUUAAUUAUGGUGUUGGUCAGUGCAACGCCCCUCCUUUUGUGUCUUCAUAUAAUACUCCUUGUUGUUAUCCUAUACUUCCAAUUUGCCCCGUAAGCUGUGUGCAAAAUGGUUACGUGAUGCCUACAUCUAGUUACACAUGCUGCAAUAUCAACAAAGAACAAUGUAGGAAUGUCGCUGAUUCAUUUAAGAAUAAUCAAGAUAUAACGCAUAAUGAGACACAAGAACUUAUAAAAGAAAUAUAUAAAGCUGUGGCUCAGACUCCUGUCAGUGUCAGAAAACAAAGUAUUUACAUUGAUCAGAAAAAUAUGACAUCAAGAAGUGUUGGAAGCAAUUCUAAAACUCCUAAACAGGACGUUAUGAUUGAAACACCUGCAAUGCGAUGUUAUUCUAAAAGCUGCGAGGCGAUAGCUAGCCCCCGUCAAGCAUCGGUCAUUUAUAACUCAACGAAUCCAAGUUAUUCGGACACAAUUCUAGAGCGAUUAAGUUUAGAAGUAACUCAAUCAUCAACCGAAUCGGAUGCAAAUUUUCAUCGCGAGAAAAAGGUAAGUCAACAAAACUAA